GGCUCUUCAAAAAGAACCAGAACCCUUAAACCCUUACAAAAAACACCAGUAGUAUUCUGUUCUCAAAUCAAAAAUGGAACAACCAGCUCUACCAAAUGCAAACCCAUCAAAAGAGAAGAGCAGCAACAGCAAGGCUUCAAAAAUGAAAGCCCCGACACCGCAAGAACUGGUAUCGCACUACCAGUCAAAAGGAUUAGACGCGGAAGAAGCGUCAGUGAAGGUAAUUGAAGAUUUGCAGAAUAUGCUGUAUAGAGUUAUUUCUACAGCCAACAGUAGUAAGAACAGCAACAAGAAGGAUAAGGUGAGCGCUGAGAUGCUGAGAAAAGUGGAUGUUGUUCAAAAUAGAGUGGGGAUUAUUGAUAUGAAGGUGGACUCGAAGCCUGGUUAUCUUGAAACUUUUGCCAUUGGAGUUGCUUCUGGUGCUGCUUUCAGAGGAAUUGAUUCUGUUUGGCCUCAUGUUCUUGGGGGAAUCUCUCAGAUUUGGAGUGCUGUUACUAAUCCUACUAAACCCCCUUCUUCUUAAUUCGAAUUCGAAAAUAUUCAUCUGUAAUUUUUAUUUUAUUUUCAUCUUGUGGAUUGCUGUUCAUCUGAACUAAUCUCAUUUCUUAGCAAUAUUUCGUUUUGCUUAUUGGUCAA